AGCAGUUCCUCGUCGGACUGUUGUAGAUGUGGCACCGUAGUGACGGGCAGAUGGCGGCGGGCUUGGUCCAAAUGUCAUGUUUGUACCGCAGAAUGUUGGCCGUGCAGGCGGCCGCUGUCAGGCCGCUCAUUCCCGGCCUGGUCCCGACUCGCUUCCGGGCCUUCUCGCUGCGGAAAGAGGACGAAGACUUGGAGAAGAAUCCCUACUACCGGAAGUACCAGGACAAGAUCAACAACCUGCGCAGUUCCAAGCCGGAAGAGAUGAAGGCACGGAUGGAAAAACGUCACGACGCAAAGAAGGAAGUGCUGGGACAUUCCAAGCAAGCAGAGUUUGUGAAGUUCAUGGAACAGGAGUUGGAGAAGCGAAACAAGCUUGCUGCCGGCGAUGGAACAUCAGCCAGUUUCACCAAAAACAAGAUGCUGAGCUCCAUCCUCAACCUGGAGCUGAUCCAGGACAAGACGGGUGAGGAGAUUGCAGAGAUCUGGAUGAAAUAUUUUGCCGCCAAGGACACAAUCAGCGCUGUCAUUUCAACUGAGACGUACGACAUUAUUCACACCCGCGCCACUUCUUGUCCCAUGUUCCUGUUUGCGUUGCCACAGAUGGAAGGUUACGAGUUCUUUGUGGGUCAGUGGUCUGGCCAUGAGCUCCAUUUCACCUCGCUCAUCAACAUCCAGACGUUGGGUGAGAACGCUCCUAGUCAGCUGAUCCUCUACCACUACCCUGACUUGAAGGACAAGGGUGUUGUGCUCAUGACAGCAGAGUUGGAUCCCAAGUUUAUUACCGUCCACCAAGCUCAGUGCCUGGCCAAUCAGGUGCAGCUCUUUUACGGCACGCAGAGGCAGGAGACGCACCGCUUGGUGGAGACCUUUAACCACCACCCUGCCCAUUUCAAACACAUGGCGGUCAUAGCCGAGCUCGAACACAGCGGGCUCGGGUCGGCACUCUCCAAAUAGAGAAGGACCAGGACUGAGCCGAGAUCAAGCACGCCAUCAUCAACUACAGCUGUUAGAGAUCUUCAGACUCAGCAAAAAAGAAAAGGUUUGAUCUUACGGCCGCGCAGCCCCCAGGGACCACCCCCGCCACCAACACAGGGGAGUCUCCUCUGAGCGUCAGUCCCAAUCCACCUUCUGUCCUCGGGAGGCAAACGGGACGAGCGGGAACCCAGCUCACGCGGGCACAGAACACUGGCAAUGGCCCCUGAAGCACAAAUAGAUGCUCAAACAUGAAAACUAUAAAAGUCAUUUCCGCAGCUUUUGAUCACUCACCAAUCUUCGGAAGAUGUCUUUAACUUGGACGGUAGAAAAGUUGGCUGGGAUGAUGUCGGGUUUGAGACCACUUGCAGCUGAGGAAAUAUCACUUGUUCAUUCCACUAACAGACCCGUAUCAUUAGUUGUGAUGAUAUCACUUUACACUUACCUUGGAUCUCGGGAGCCUCAGCAGUUUCAUCAAAGUCGUCUUCUCGGUCCAUUUCUGAGUACUUUUCCAGGGAGCGUUUGUGUGCCACUGAUAGAAUAUCCUGUAAGAUGUCCAUCUUUCUUAAGAUCUUACACAAACCGUGGACUCGCAGCGCCUCCUCGUGUCGCAUCACCGCCAGCCGCAAGUGAGCUUUACCUUUAAAAAAAACAAAACACAAAUACACAAGUUAGGUAUCUCUUCCCAGUCAAUCAUAUUUUCCGGACUAUAAGGCGCACUUAAAUCCUUUUCCCCCCUCAAAAUUGACAAUGCAUCUAAUGUACGGAAUAAUUUUGGUUGUGCUUACCGACCUAGAAGCAAUUUUAUUUGGUACAUGGUGUAAUGAUAAGUGUGACCAGUAGAUGGCAAUCAAACAUAAGCGAUACAUGGAGACUGCACUAACUAGAUAGAUCAUAGGUGUCAAACUCUGGCCCGCCGUGUAAUUUAAUUUGGCCCUUGAGGUGAUAUCAAAUUAAGAUAAGAGCUGGCCCGCCAGUAUUAUACUGCACCGCAUUCACCGCUGAUAAAAAACAAAAAAAACUUAGAUUUAUAUUGCGCUAUUCUAAACACUCAAAGCGCUCACAGAGAAGUGGGACUCAUCAUUCAUUCACACCUGGUGGUGGUAAGCUACAUCAGUAGCCACAGCUGCCCUGGGGUAGACUGACUAAUACUCAUACUUGCCAACCCUCACAAUUUUCCCGGGAGACUCCCAAAGUUCAGUGCCCCUCCCGAAAAUCUCCCGGGGCAACCAUUCUUCUGAAUUUCCACCCAGACAACAAUAUUGGGGGCGUGUCUUGAAGGCACCGCCUUAAGCGGCCUUUACAACCUGUCAUCACGCCCGCUUUUCCUCCACACAAACAGCGUGCCGGCCUGGUCACGUCAUAUAUGCGGCUUUAACACACACACACAAGUGAAUGCAAGGCAUACUUGGUCGACAGCCAUACAGGUCACACUGAGGGUGGCCGUAUAAACAACUUUAACACUGUUACAAAUAUGCGCCACACUGUGAACCCACACCAAACAAGAAUGACAAACACAUUUCGGGAGAAAAUCUGCACCGUAACACAUCAGAUCAAAUACCCAGAUCCCCUUGCAGCAUUAACUCUUCCGGGACGCUACAAUAUACACCCCCACUACCACCAAACCCUGCCCUCCCCAAAUUUGUAUUUAAAUUUUAUUUGCUAUGCCAUUGAUAUUUUUUAAUUAUUAUUAGCAACUGGAUUUUGUAUGUCACUAUAAAGUUCUAUAAGCCUUGCUUCUUCAAUAUUCAAUGCAAAACUUGUUUGGUCCCUAUUAAAAGGUUCAUUUGUUCAACCUUG